AUGGGGCUAGCGCCCAAGGCGCCAGCGCGCAAGGCGCCAGCGCCCAAGGCGCCAGCGCCCAAGGCGCCAGCGCCCAAGGCGCCAGCGCCCAAGGCGCCAGCGCGCAAGGCGCCAGCGCCCAAGGCGCCAGCGUGCAAGGCGCCAGCGCGCAAGGCGCCAGCGCCCAAGGCGCCAGCGCCCAAGGCGCCAGCGCGCAAGGCGCCAGCGCGCAAGGCGCCAGCGCCCAAGGCGCCAGCGCCCAAGGCGCCAGCGCCCAAGGCGCCAGCGCCCAAGGCGCCAGCGCGCAAGGCGCCAGCGCGCAAGGCGCCAACGCCCAAGGCGCCAGCGCCCAAGGCGCCAGCGCGCAAGGCGCCAGCGCGCAAGGCGCCAGCGCCCAAGGCGCCAGCGCGCAAGGCGCCAGCGCCCAAGGCGCCAGCGCGCAAGGCGCCAGCGCGUUAG